UUAUAACUUGUGGCUUGUUAUAACCUUCAGUUCUAGUUAACUCAACGCCAAUUCUUGCAUUGUGAAAAAAGUAAUCAACAUGAGUGGACUAAGGCUCCCACCUCUGCCAACUAUUCGAGACUUAGUAAAACUGUAUAGACUUCGUGCGAUUAAGCAGUUGUCACAGAACUUCCUCAUGGAUGAACGUCUAUCAGAUAAGAUUGUAAAAAUGGCUGGACGCUUGGAAGAUGCGCAUAUAGUGGAAGUAGGCCCAGGUCCAGGUGGUUUGACCAGAGCCAUUAUCAGGAGAUGUCCUAAAAAAUUGAUUGUCAUUGAGAAAGAUAACAGAUUUAUGCCAAGCCUGCAAUUGCUGGCUGAUGCUUUUGCAGGCAUAGGUGGACAGAUGGAAAUUUUAAUUGAUGAUAUUAUGAGCACGUCUAUGUCGAAUACCUUUCCAUGCGAGGUGCAUCGAAAUUGGGAUGAUCGGUGUCCCAAUAUUCAUCUCAUUGGUAAUUUACCAUUCAGCAUAUCAACUGCAUUGAUAAUACAAUGGUUGAAGGCCAUUUCGGAGCGCAAUGAUGCAUGGGCAAUUGGUAGGGUCAGAAUGACCUUGACCUUUCAGAAGGAAGUCGCCGAACGUUUAGUAGCCCAAGCAUCAGAGCCACAGAGGUGCCGACUUUCACUAAUGGCGCAGGCUUGGACAAAACCAUCCCUUCGGUUUGUUAUUCCCGGACGGGCCUUUGUUCCAAAACCGAAGGUGGAUGUAGGCGUUGUCACUUUCACUCCGUUGAUAGAGCCACGAACAGUGCAUAACUUUACGUUGUUCGAAAAAAUGGCGCGUCAUCUAUUCAGUUUUCGGCAGAAAUACAGUGUUAAGUGCGUGGGGACUCUUUUCCCUAAGGACUGUCGAGAAGAAUUUUCCAGUUUGAUGUUCAAAUUGUGCGAUCUGCAUCCGACAGUGAGACCGUACCAGCUCACAGUGGAAGAUGUGAAUAGGCUCUGUACGGCUUACAAAUACCUCUGCGAGAAACACCCUGAACUUGAAGGAUACAAUUACCGAGCCAGCCAUAACGUUUUACCGCAAAAUCAAACACUAAAUUUACGCGUACGGGAAUUUUCGGAUGCGUGAAAAAGUUUUUGUAGCUCCUGGAUUGAUCGACGAACCUAAAGAUUCUGUUUAAUAAAACGAUAUUUCUUUGUGAUUUCGUAAAAGUUAUAAUAGUACAUUUGAUGAAACUCGAUAAAGUUUUUUAUAUUUCACCGAUGUAGCCCUCUAUUACGGAUCUUCAAAUGAAGACUCGUCGUUGACAAUCUAAGCGUGGACUGUGCAUGUGUUUCAAAUAUUGUGUUGUCUUGUAAUUUUAAGUGCUCUGAAAGGCUAUAUUAUGUGUCCACUCAUUAAGACUUUAGGGGGGUUAAGCAAUUACGUCUCCGGUAAAGAAUAAAUAGAUCAAUGCCAUUGAUUACCUUUGCAUAAACGUCGCAUGUUGAAAAUGUAGUAUAUUGCUUUAGAGAACUCUGAAGCACUUAAAAAUAUAAAGACAAACAGGUUCAGCGUUUCACUUUUGGAGUUAACAUCCUAAUUUAGAUAAUAUAAGGAAUUUAUCCUCUUUCGAUGCAAGUAUGUACACCGUAGACGCGUUAUGUAUUAAUGUACAGAUCGAUGUUCAACUUUGAAGUAACAACAUAUUACAGCGUGCACGCUACGUGACUAUCAAUGGGUUAGAUAGUACCAUCUAUUGUCCCGAUGAUGGACAUUGCUGGCAGUAGUAAUAGUAAUAGUCGUAGGUUAGUGCCGUACAGGUAAUGAUAGUAACAAUAUUCAUAGUUGUACAUUAAAAUAGAUAGAAUAAAAGGAUUAAAAUAGAGAUAGGAAUACUGGUAGUGGUAAAAUGACUAUAAGUAGUAUAUUGUUCUAGUUACCUCCAUUAAGUUGGAACCCGCAUUCAUUUUUGGUGUAUUCCUUACAUAUAGGAGCACAAAAAUAUUUAUCCGCAGAACAAAAUAGCAUAAAGUGGUUGGGUUUUAAGCUGAUUAGCCUUUGCGCGGUUUCAGUUUAAUAAAGGUAUCAUAGUAGGACGGUUACAAGUGGUGACAUGUUCACUGGCAAGUUGUUGGAUUGUUGAAGUUUUUGCAAAAUACAACUGCCGAAAAGAACUCGGGGGUCUCUAUUAGAUUUCAGUAUAAGUAAACAUUUUCAAACUAUCGUUUGAAAGCACAGUUUCUCAAUCUUCGAAAGGCAACAAAAAGAAUGAAGUGGAUUGGAAA